CUUGAGAGACUCCAAGAAGCCAAUCUUGUACGAACAGUGAUAAGCCAGGUUGUCUUAUCGUAGCUAUCAGUGACUUUCACAGCAGCUGAGUCCAGUAGUGCUCCGUCCUCUCACCGUCUCCAGUCCCGCUUCGUCGCUUACAUAUAUCUCAAAUAGAUGAACGAGAGAGAGAGGAAGAAGAAAGGAUGGAAGUGGGGAAAAUGGGGAAGAUGGUUGGUAAGGGUGAAGGAAGAGGAUAACGGAGAGGAUGUAAGAACGGUAAACAAUCCCCUCCUGGUCCCCGCUGCUGCCAUCGACGUGCUGUUAACAGCAGUUUUCUGUGCCCUCAACUACUGUUUUAGGUAUGACCCUGAAUUGCGAGAGAAGUGCAGCAUGGUGAGUUGGUCAGGGGUGAGGCUGCAGUGUACUUCUCUGUCUAGCCUGGCCUAUCCUCACUACGUCCACGAGACCUUCACCAGUGCAGCGUCCUUCUCUCUUCCAGACUCCGUUUUCUUCAGCUGUGCUAUCGUUGUGCCUUCUUGCUUGGUGGUCCUUGUGGAGAUUGUGAGGGCACGGUUUCCGAGGCGAAGAGUCAAGCUUGUAGAAAGCUAUGGUUUCGUUUUUCCUCUCUACGUCAGAAGAAUUCCUCGCUUCCUCUGUGCCUUUCUUCUGGGGGGCUCAGCCACCGGGGUGCUGGUGUCGGUGAUGAAGCUGGGGAUGGCGUCUCCCAGGCCUCACCUGCUAGCAAUAUGUAACUACAGUGGCGUCGACCUCAGCAGCAAAUGUUCUGAAGACCUCGUCUGGUCCCCCAACGAUGUGUGCCAAGGAGACCAAAGGGAAAUGCACGAGGCUCUCAGGUCCUUUCCCUCCUAUCACGCAGCCCUCGCUGUCUAUUGCGGAGUGUGGACGUGGGUGUACUUUGCUAGGAUGGCGAGAGUAUCAGGCAUGUAUGGCAGCUCCUUCCUUACUGUGGGUGGUGUGUUGGUCAUGACAUCAAUAGGAGCCACCCACGGCUACCUCACUUACCAGUCAUCCUCUACUGACAUCAUCGCUGGCGGCCUCAUUGGUGCUGUUGCUGCACUUUAUGUGGUGUACAGCAUACUCAACCGGUUCAAGGAGCGAAGGUGGCGCGUCAGGAUGGGGACUCAGAAAGGUGUUCCUGACCACUGCAACCUUCUGCCGCUGGCUCCUCUCAAAGGUACUCCACCGCCACUCCAACAGGUGAAUGACAGAGUGAAUGUUGGGGAGGAUUCCGAGUCCGAGUCCGAGUCCGAUUCAGAGUACGAAGGAGCCAGUACGACAACCUGGCUCUCACCAGCGACGCCUUCCCCUUCAUUCCUCGUGCAACCACCUUCACCAGGGUACUCCGUACCUGUACCCAUGCCCCAGGCCCCGGUAUACCAGCCGUCGAGGACCCUGCGUCACAACCAGGCACAGAGCAACCUUCUCUUCGCCUACAAGAGCUCCGACACUGACACGCUACCUCGGGCCAGGACGGAGACGUCAUCCUACUUCUAACAGAGAGAAUGAUCCUGGUCAUCCACCUUCUACACGCUGUUUGAGUUGCGCUGUGCAGUUAUACUUACUGGGAACUCUUAAAAUAUUCACACCUUUUUAUUUAAUAUAUAUAUAUAUAUAUAUAU